AUUAUCCGGACCAUACUACCCAAUUCACAAUCCCAUCCAUUUUUUGACAACAGAUGUCAAGCUCGUGUGCCCUAGUGAUACGAGUGACACUUAACGCAGCCUUUACCAACCAAAACUCGGUCUGACGAGUCAAACAUUUAUUUUACAGACGCAUUUCAGUACCGAAUCGUGUGACUACAAUGCAGACUGCAGAGACAAUUUCCGAGCUGCAUGCUCGGCUUACAGAAGCUAGGAUGCGUGUGAACAAUUUGUCUUGGCAAAAUAAUGACCUAAAACAAGAUGUGAUUGAACGAGACAAUACCAUCAAGUCGUUGAAAUCCAAGGAACAAAGAAUGGAAAAACAGUUGGAGUUGGCUGACGAGAAAAAACGAGUGGUGUGCGCUGAGUUGUUUACCGUAACAUUGGCACUUCGAGGGAUGGAACAGCAAGUGGAUCGUCUGAAGAGUGAAAUUAGGAGUUUGACGAACGGUUUGACCUCAAUGAAGGAGGGAAAACAGGAACGAGAUGUUGAAGUCAGCAUGCUAAACGCGGAAAUGCAACAAUACAAAACGAAUAUGGAGCGAAACAAAUCGCGCAUUUCUGACCUGUGCCGAGAAAACAAAAUUCUGAAAACUCAAUUGGAGGCUAAUGCACAACGUUACCGAGAAACAUUAGAGCAGGGAAAUAUGAUCGGCCAAUUGAAGCAGAGCCUGGACCAUUAUCUGCUUUACAAAGAUCAAUUUUUGCAAAAUUUGAGGUACUGCAAAGAUUGCCAUUCCACUCAACAGAAACUUAAGGAACUUGAGCGCAUUCAACGAGACUACAAUCAAAUGAAAGAGGAAAACGAAGAGCUGAUGUUUCGUGCGGAAGAGAACAAACGUCUCAAAAACAAAAUAAUGAGGGAAGAGGCGGACUACCCGAAGAAGAUUGGAUUACGUCAAAACGAGAUUGAGACGAAAGCGCUCGAAAUUGUAUACCACCGAGUGUUGACGAACUCUAAUCCAGGAACUCAAAAGAGACAGAGUGAAGAACGAAACGAAUCGCAGGGGAAGAAGCCACGAAAUUUAGGAAACGAUCGACCACCACGAAAGGUUGAUAAUUCUCCCGAUUUUGAUCCUGGUCAUCAUUGCCGUGCUGAGACUCCUUGUCGUCCUGAUCAUGCUACAAGUUACAAUGAUCAAUCAUCAUCUCGCAUGACAUCAACUCCAUUGACAACAAGUCAAAGUCGAUCGCCCGAUUUACGAACAUUUACUGUUGUUGCGGAUGUAAACCCCAUACCACUCAAAUACAGUUCCCCCCAACCAUCCCCUUCCAACCUGAAGACAAUCGAACAGGAAACCCGAACUGCUGAAGGUGAAGCAGACACUGACAAAGCUGAUUCGAUCGAUCCGAUUCUAAAUGAUUUGAGUGACAUUAGGAAUUCGUCCAGCGAUACUUCCAGCGAUACGUCCAUUGACGGCCUGAAACGAUUAGAGGAUUACUUGGUUACAAAAAACUCUAAUGCCUCUCAGAAUCAGACAGCAAAGCGGGAUCAUCCAACGGUAAGAACAAAAUUUUUGUUGGUAAACUUUCGGUGAGGAAAAAUCUUUGUUCUCAUCGUAGAAAUGAUGUCUCACCCUGCUUUGUUGACGCUCUUGCAUUUUGAUUGUGUGGCUAAAUUUGUCUAUCUCAUGUGUGGAUGCCGUCAAUAUUGGCGAAACAUUUUACACGCAGACAUUGGGAUUUUGGUAUUUUGUCCAUUUUAUGUGAGAACUUUAUCACCGUUUCGUUUGCCAAUUAAAUGUU